UCAACCUUUCCCGAUGAUCCGCCAUUUCAGCCCUUUAGUUAUAUGUUGCAAAUGACUUGAGAUUUAUAUUAAAACGCCAUGAAAAAUAAAUCAUAUAUUCCUGGUUACAAAAAAUAAUUUUUAACGAAGGGCAGAGAAGUGUUCUUUCUGGGAAUACCAUUAAUGCUUACAAAUCUAACGGUUUAAAGCGGUAUCGAUGCCGUGUUUUUUUCCCAGAGCGUGUUCCACAGUGAACCAAAGUUUCUGUAUGAGUUGAGUCCUGAUUGCGGAUAGGGAGAAACAAGGGGAAGGCCUUGAAGCUUCGGAGUGGAUUUGCAGCCAUGGCCGGGAAUUUUGACGCGGAGGACCGUACAAGCUGGUACUGGGGAAGGUUGGGCAGACAAGAUGCGGUUUCCCUUUUGCAGGGACAGAGGCAUGGCGUAUUCCUGGUCAGGGACUCAAUAACUAGUCCCGGUGACUACGUGCUAUCGGUCUCAGAGAACUCGAAAGUCUCACAUUAUAUCAUCAACAGCAUCAGUAACAACCGGCAAUCUGGAUCAGGUCUGGCCCCCCCGCGUUUCCGCAUUGGUGACCAGGAGUUUGAUGCCCUGCCCGCCCUGCUGGAGUUCUACAAGAUCCACUACCUGGACACCACCACGCUGAUCGAGCCCAUCAGCAAGGCCAAGCACACUGGCUUUGUGAGCGGUGCUGCCACCUGCCCCGCUGCGGUGCUGGGUGGAGCUCCACUGGAGGUGGAGUUUGUUCGUGCCCUCUUCGAUUUCCCCGGCAACGACGAAGAGGACCUGCCCUUCCGCAAGGGCGACGUGCUGCGUGUGCUGGAAAAACCAGAGGAGCAGUGGUGGAACGCAGCCAACCAGGAGGGCCGCGCCGGCAUGAUCCCCGUGCCCUACGUGGAGAAGUACCGGCCCGCCUCGCCAAACUCCUCAGGGGCUCCGGCGGCGGGAGGAGCGGGCGGAGGACCGCUGGGUGUCGGGAGCGGCUCAACGGACGGAGCGGCGCCGCAGCUGCCCCCGCCUCUGGGGAACCCAGGGCAGUAUGCCCAGCCCAUGGUCAACACGCCCCUGCCCAAUCUGCAGAACGGGCCUGUCUACGCCCGCGCCAUCCAGAAGAGGGUGCCCAAUGCCUAUGACAAGACGGCCCUGGCGCUGGAGGUCGGGGACACGGUGACGGUGACCAAGAUUAACGUGAACGGCCAGUGGGAGGGCGAGUGCAAUGGCAAGCGUGGGCACUUCCCCUUCACUCACGUCCGGCUCCUGGACCUCCAACAAACCGAGGAUGAGAGCUGAGAGAUCCGAACACGGAACGCACGCUUUGUCUCAGUCCUCCCUUCAGUGAAAAUGCACACAGGAUUUCCAGGCUCCAGUGGUCAGGAGUUCACCUGCGGUCGGCGCCAAUGGCCAGGAGUUCUAGCCCUCUUUGUUUUAAUAUUCAUACACACACACACACACACACACACACGUGGAAUAGAGUUUACAUGUUCACCCCAGUAUUAUAGUCCUGAUACACUACACACACACACACGGCGGAGUUUACGCCCUCAUCCCUCUGUCAUGUUAAAUCCUCUUUUACACACACACAGACACAGUGCCCAAACACAGACACAUGUUUAUGUGCCGUCUUGCACAGUCAUGGAUUAUCCUUUUGUAAUAAUGAACAGUGACCCGGGGGACGAGGACAGCAGCCUUCUUUACUUGUUACUGAAACCGAAUGGGGCUGCUCCCCAGAGACAACAAGACCUGUUACCACAGGACACACUACAGGACACACUACAGGACACACUACAGGACACACUACAGGACACACUACAGGACACACUACCGGACACUACUUAUCACAGGGAGUACUGAAACACAGCCCCUUUCCGCUACAAGCCUCCAAGCCCUCUUUUUUUAAUUACAUGAAAUGGAAAAUACUAUGAUAGAAUUGACACGCACGUAUACAUACUGCAUAUACAGUGUGCGUUUGUGUGUAUAAAUAUAUAUAUAUACCAUUACAUGCUAAUUAUUACGUAAUCAUUUUUUCCCCAACCAUAUUCGCCAUGUGGUCCUGGCUGUGUUUCUCUGAAUAACUAUGCUGACUGUCCUAUCAGUGUCUAGGGAGGAAAUGGACACAUUCCUUAGUAAGGUAUGAAGCCUUCGUCCAGUCCACCUCACCUGUCAAGAGAGAUAUUGUCAGAUGAGGAGGGGGGUCUACAAUGGCCAUAGAAAAUAUGGCAUUUAUUUAGGAUACUUUUUGAAGAGUUACUAUUUCAGAUGUUUUGGAAAAUAAAAGUGGGAAUUUGGUCCAAACUUUGGGCUGCCUGGACACAAGAGUUUUGACUGCUGAGUGGGAGCUGUAGGUUCUGGAAGGGCCAAGAGACCAGAUGACCCAGUCCCUUCUCCCAUUGCCCUGUUCCUCCUGUCACGUUGAUUGGUUACACUGUCCGAGCCAUUUCCUCCCGGUCCUCUGUGCCAAGGACACUGGGUUCACCUGCAGAGUACAGCAUGUGUUAACAUAUUACAACAGCUGUUUUGGCAAGUGGAACAUUUCAUUGUCUUUUAAAAUGACAAAGACUUAGUUCCCAGCACUGUGAUGCUUCACUUUGUCCCACACAACACAAUGCCACAGCCUUAAACUUUAGGUCUUUCACCCUAAACUGUAUCAAAUCACAUGUUAUUUUGUUCCAUGCUACGUUAACCACGGGUGUAGAGUAACAGUGAAAUGCUUACUGUUGGGCCUUUUUCCAAAAAUGUCAGUGCUGGAUUUCCCACCUACAUGGAACGUAACAAACACACCCCAUUUUGAUUAUAAUUAAUAAUUGUUUGUCCGUUCCGUUUCAACUGAAGUUCGAGGUGUUUGUUAACGGAAACAUUUCUGCAAUUUUCAAAAAAGAAACAAAUUGCCGUUUGAUCUUAUUGGACAAGUUCAGGUAGCAACUCUACAUUUCUAAAUGUCUCCGGUCUGGACACAACCCUGGACAUUUCCCUAGUGUGUCUCCCUUAGUGCCAAAUUGUCAGACUGUCACGUAUCUAAUAUUUGGGUUCGGCUAAGACACAUAAGCCACUAGCAUGUCCGAUGCACCGCAGGAUGUUUAACCUUAUAAGCUGAUGACAUUGCUUGAAAGAUCAAGUGAAAGGCACAUAGUCAUUGGUCAAUCACCGUAACAUGGGUGGGUGUGGGGACCUAUCGAAGGCAUGUGGGAGCUAAAUAGGCCAAUCAUUGUCAUUGGGGAGAGUCUUUUAAUUUAUCCUCUCUACCUCAUGUCUGAAUCUUUUUUAUAUUCUUUUUCUUUUCUUUUUUAAGAAAAGGAAGAUCUGAAUUUCCAUGCUAGGUUAAUCAUUAUUUUUGUGGUGUUAUUGGUUGACUUUUCCCUUUAAUUUCCUUUUUCUUUUUUUUGCUUUUUUUUGCCAACUGAAUAAUUAUAGCCAAAACACACUUUCUUUGGUCAAAACAAG